UACUCGAACAGCUUACAGCUUUCAACUUCCUCCAGACCCCAUCUCUGAUCCCACGUGGCAAUCACUGCACAUCAACACCAUGGACGCCGCACUUAGAAAAGACUUCCGCGACGCCAUCUCGCACAUGCAAGGCCUGAUCAAUACUGCCAACAAUGCUCUUGAAGAUGCUGAAGAGGAGAAACACGACUAUCGGGAGACGAAUCUCGAGCUGCAGAUUAUUUGCUACAACAAGGACCAGAUCAUUGCUGAGCAGAAGAAAGAUCUCGAGGAGCUGGGCAAUGCUGUCCAGACCCUGCACUUGAAAAUCUCGCGCUUGGAGUGGGCCGGCGCGUGCCAGAUACAGGUUGUCGACAAUUUGCAGCGCGACUCGGACAAGCUCGAUGAAGCCAAGGCCAAGCUUGGCAAGGUGAUUCGGGAGCGCAAUGAGGCUCAAGACACCAUCCACGAGCUCAAAGAAGAGAUCAAGAAAGUCCGCCUUAACGAUCAGGAGAGGUUCAUUAACACUGUCGAGGACAUGGGAAACAGGCUUGGCGAUGCCGAGUACCUGGUCCAUACUCAGAAGACGGAUAUCAAAAAGGCCAAGGAGACCAUCUCCAAGCAGAGCACGCAGAUCAAGAAGCUGAAGGCGGACGUGGCGGGUGCCAACCAGACGCGGGACUCGGCGCUGGUCACGGUCAACAACCUGCAAGCCAUGAUUUCUCACAUGCGCAUCACCGCCAACGGCCAGGACAUCAAGAUCACCGACUUGACUCUGGACGGCAAGCGCAAAGCCUGGUCGGCUAGUGUCCAGGAAAACACCAUGAAGCACAUGGAGGACUACAUAGGGCAGGUUGAGGCCAUGCACCUAGACCUAAUGGCGCGCAUCCAGAAGACUGAGGCACGCCUCCAAGCAGCCAAUUCAGCCAAUUCAGCCGUGGGCACCCUGACUGCCUUCCUGGCCUCCAAGGGCCACUCUGUUUUCUGCCUAGUCCCGCAAGCCCCUGCUCAGGGCAGCAGCACCACUAACAACAACUCUGCUCAGCAGCACAAUGCUCAGGGCAGCAGCACCACCAACAACAACUCUGCUCAGCAGCACAAUGCUCAGGGCGGCAGCACUAUCAACAACUCUGCUCAGCAGCACCAUGCUCGGGGCAGCAGCACCACCGUUGCUGCUACUGGCUCUGUUUCCACAUGCUCUGCUCACCCUGAUGUCUCUGGCGCCCGCGCGGCCGAGCGCGAGGCGGCCAACCACCACAGCAUGGUGUUGGCCAAGAGACAGCUGAUUGCCACCCUGAUGGAUAACGCCAUGCCAUCAAGGAGAACUUUUUAGGCGGGCGCUCUGUCAUGACGUCUUCUUUUCGGGCCCUCCGUCACGGCGUCUUUUUUUCGGGCCCUCUGUCACGACGUCUUCUGGGGACCUCUUUCUUUCCUGCUGGCUUGU